ACUGAUAUUUUUUAUAGUAAACUUAUUACAUAAACUUUAUUAUGUAGACAAUGUAUGAUACACUUGUAUAAUCUAUAAUGGAUGAAGUAUCUGCAAUUCUGCUGUAUCAUAAAUAUGUUAUUCUAAUUAUAUCAUGUAGCAUCCACUUGGAGAAUUAAAGAAGGAUUAUAGCAGAGCCAAUGGAAUUGUAUAUUAAUGUGCCUGCAAAUAGAAUAUUUAGUAUCUUGCAUGGCACUAGAACUCUCAAUUUCUCUUGCGUAUAGUCUUUAUAACGAAUCUUUGUAUUUACCUUUCGAAAUAAUAUUUUAUAUUGUGCAAAAUUAGAUUAUCAUGAUGCCAUGGAGAAGUUUCCACUGAAAGGUACAGCAUCCUUGAAUUCAGCAAUCCUUCAUUCGAAUGCAAAUGCAGUUACAACAUAUCAUUCAGUUGAUGCAAAGAAUAUAAAGUAUGGUGAUAUUACUAAUACAGAAGAUGUACGACUACGAACUGGAACUAUAAGACGCGAAACAAAUUUAAGUAGCGACGACGACAUGCUGGAUAUCAAUUAUCACACAUCUCAUUCAGAUAAUAACGUGUUAUCGGAUUGCGUCCGCAUCGAUGAUGCAUCUUCCCAUACAAGCAUUAUAAAGAAGUAUAGAAGAAAUUUUACAAAGCUAGGAAUAAAUCCAUUUGCGUAACUUUGUUAUGGAGUUUAAUAGUAUUGCACCUAUUAUUGGUUUAAUCUAUACUCUAAUAUGAACUAUCAUCAUAUUAUCUCUUCCUGCUGAAGAAAUUUGAGGGACAUCUGUUGAUCUAUCUGUUGAUCUGUUCAUCUUAUCCAUUGAUCUACUCAUCUGAUCUGAAGUUUAACCUGAGUGAUAUCAGUUAAACAAUUGAACCAAUUUUCUUUGCACUCGCGGCAUGUCAUAGUGACAAAAUGUUUUCAGUUGACUCUGAUGACAUCCCUGGGAUCGGACAAUAUGACGAUUUUCAUACCAUCGAUUGGCAACGAGAUAUCGCGCGAGAUCGGAUGCGACAUCGUUAUAUUGUGAAGAAAAAGCAUGAUUCUAUCUGGGGUUUGAUAAAAGGAGCUCAUGAUGCAUGGUCUGGAUGGCUGUGCGUUUUGCUAGUCGGGCUUUUUACGGGAGUGGCGGCUGGUGUUAUAGAUAUUGGCGCUUCCUGGAUGACGGAUCUCAAAUUUGGUAUCUGUCCACAAGCUUUUUGGCUAAAUAAAGAACAAUGUUGCUGGAGUUAUAAUGAGACUACAUUCGAUGGUGGAAACUGUUCGCAGUGGUGGACAUGGCCCGAAGUAUUUAAUCAGUCAAAAGAGGGUGCAGGGCCUUAUACAAUUUCAUAUUUAUUUUAUACAGCAUGGGCGCUCCUGUUUGCAGCACUUUCUGCGUCUUUAGUGCGAAUGUUUGCUCCCUAUGCUUGUGGCUCUGGAAUACCUGAAAUAAAAACAAUUUUGAGUGGCUUUAUUAUUCGUGGAUAUUUAGGUAAAUGGACACUGAUUAUUAAAUCAGUAGGUCUGAUUCUUUCUGUAUCGGCGGGUUUAAGCUUAGGAAAAGAAGGUCCCAUGGUACACAUUGCAUGCUGUAUAGGAAAUAUAUUUUCUUAUCUAUUUCCAAAGUAUGGUAGGAAUGAAGCGAAGAAAAGAGAAAUUUUGUCUGCCGCGGCCGCGGCAGGAGUUUCCGUUGCUUUCGGAGCCCCAAUAGGCGGUGUUUUAUUUAGCUUAGAAGAGGUCAGCUAUUAUUUUCCAUUAAAAACUUUAUGGCGAUCGUUCUUUUGUGCUUUGAUAGCUGCUUUCGUCCUACGUUCCAUAAAUCCAUUUGGAAAUGAACAUUCAGUAUUGUUUUAUGUAGAAUAUAAUAAACCUUGGAUAUUCUUUGAAUUGAUUCCUUUUGUUAUGCUCGGCAUAAUUGGGGGAGUAAUAGCAACAUUAUUCAUCAAAGCAAAUUUAUUUUGGUGUCGAUAUCGUAAAACUUCCAAAUUGGGACAAUAUCCCGUUACUGAAGUGUUAAUUGUAACAGUAGUGACAGCAGUAAUCGGAUAUCCUAAUCCAUAUACAAGGAUGAACACCAGUCAACUUAUUUACUUAUUGUUUAGUCAAUGUGGGGUAUCAAAUGCGGAUAUGUUAUGCGAUUAUAACAGAAAUUUCACUGCUGUGAAAUCUGCAAUUGAGAUUGCUGCAGCUGGCCCAGGAGUCUACAAAGCUAUAUGGUUACUCGUGUUGGCGCUUAUAUUAAAACUUAUUAUGACAAUAUUCACGUUUGGCAUGAAAGUUCCUUGUGGCUUGUUUAUUCCUUCCCUCUGUCUGGGAGCAAUAAUGGGUCGUAUUGUAGGAAUAGGAAUGGAACAACUUGCUUAUAAUUAUCCUCACAUAUGGAUGUUCAGUGAAGAGUGUUCCAUGGGUGUUGACUGUAUAACACCUGGAUUAUAUGCAAUGGUUGGGGCUGCUGCUGUUCUCGGAGGCGUAACCAGAAUGACCGUUUCUUUAGUUGUUAUUAUGUUUGAAUUAACGGGCGGUGUACGGUAUAUUGUACCUUUAAUGGCUGCAGCUAUGGCGAGUAAAUGGGUCGGCGAUGCUCUUGGGAAACAAGGCAUCUAUGACGCUCAUAUUGGUUUAAAUGGAUAUCCAUUCCUGGAUAGCAAGGAUGAAUUUCAACAUACAACUUUGGCAGCAGAUGUUAUGCAACCCAAGCGAAACGAAGCUCUUCACGUUCUUACUCAAGAUUCAAUGACAGUUGAAGAUGUAGAGAACUUGCUUAAAGAAACUGAACAUAAUGGUUUUCCUGUAAUAGUUUCUAAGGAAUCUCAAUAUCUUGUUGGUUUUGUUUUACGACGAGAUCUCAAUCUUGCUAUUGCUAAUGCUAAAAGGAUGAUUGAAGAUAUUAGCAGGCAGUCAUUAGUUGUCUUUACUAAUGGAAACAAUAUUCAGAACCAUUCGCCACCACCCUUAAAAUUAAAAAAAAUAUUAGAUAUGGCCCCGAUCACCAUUACAGACCAAACUCCCAUGGAAACUGUAGUUGAUAUGUUCCGAAAACUGGGAUUACGUCAAACUCUAGUUACACAUAAUGGGCGACUACUAGGUGUAAUUACAAAGAAAGACGUUCUGAGGCACGUGAAGCAGCUCGACAAUGAGGAUCCAAAUUCUGUUUUAUUUAAUUAAACUUUGCUGCUGCGAAUAGCCAAUUUGAGAUUAUCAAUUCGAUUAGCAUUAGCUUAAAAAGAAUGAAAAACAUAUAUACAGAGAUAAUUUAUAUGAAUUUAA